GUCUGGCUCUCUGGGCGGUCGACCUCCGGGCACCCCCGCACUUGCUCGUUCAGCUCUAUCAACUGUUUUGUUCCACCUCGUUCGGGUCUCUACGGAAGCAGAGACAAUACGCACCGGAUGGGCGCUGAGCGGACCGCUCGGGUUGUCUUGAAGUAGGCUCUGCCCCCAUCUCACCACCGACUCAUCGCCGUGUUCAAAACCAGAUAAGAACGACUCCACCUCCUUCGCCCAACAACCAUCCCCUCCACACCCGCCUCACUGUCUAUGGCUGCCUACUAUGCGCCACGGCGGGCGCGAGCCGUUGCUCAAGCAUCUAUCCCUACGAGCACCGGCGGUAAUGGCCCCGCCGCCGAACUGGAGGAGCGUGAGGAUGGACUCCAUUCCAUUUACAUCUUCCCGAGCCCUGCUUCGGCUCCUCCCAGUCCCGCCGUAUCUGUCUCCUCUGCGCCAACGGACUUUGACUUCUCAAGCCCCAUCAGCUCAAGGUCGACUUCUUGUACGCGGCCGCCCCAACGGGACACGACGCAGGCAGACAUACGCGAUGCAAGUCGGAGCUCGGUGUCCGCGGCCUACGACGCGUCUUCCUGUUACUGGGAUCUUCCGAGUCCGCCAGGAAACGAUUUGGAGAUCGAUAUAUUGCUCUGGGAUAUCACCAGCGAUGUCACGACAGAGCCCUCGAAUUCGGACGAAUCCUGGGCGCUCGAGGGUGAGGUGGAACGCGUUGGGUUCGCCGAGGUCGACCUUCUGUACACCCCACACUUGCGCCGUGCGCGUCAAGCACCUCUGUCUUCGUCGCAAUCUCCCGAUCGCAGUCAGCCCCGAUAUCGCUUCUCCGCCCGCCCUCGCCAGCGGUCACGCACGCGCUCGAGGAUCAGGACGACCAGUAUAUCGUCGCUCGCGCUUUCCUCGACGCAGCAGACGGUCGCACCCCAUCCCCGUAUCCACGUUCCUCUCCUGUCAUUUUUUGCAUCUCUGCUAUCUCUCGACCUCGAAGACCCGGCUCUACGCCUUCUCACUAACGCGGAGUCCGGGGAUGCCGAAGCGGUCCUGUUCCCGGGGCAGAGCAGCGCGCGGCUGCUAGCUCAGGCCACGGAGCAGCCGACAGGCCGACGGUCCUUCGAAAGCGACUCCGACACGGAGACAGAGAGUAUCAUUGGCGAGCUCCCGCCGUACGAUAUUAUGGAGACACACGGCCUGCCCAAAAUGUUACUCACCAGCAUUUCUGAACAGUCGGCCGUGGCGCUGCGUUCUCUUCGUGCUGGAUUCGCUGUGCGGCUCCCUGCCACCGCCUCGGAGCUGCUUCCGCUUCCCCGCGCGACGGAGAUUAUCGGGCUGUGGCGCGUCCUCGGGGAGGUCUGUUCUAAGGGCAAUCAGGCGUGGAAGGAGGCGUGGGCAGCUGCCUCUGCGGGGAGGUCGGUGACAUAGAGCGGUUGCGGCGCACAGAUGGUUGUCGUGCUGGUCGGCGUAGUGUACACACGAAGGGUCCUGGAAGAGACAUGCAUGUAUUGUAUCGCGCACCUAGUUCAUAUCACGAGUCAUUCGCACAUU